AUGUCGGGGACGAUCCUCUACCGCAACCAAGCCGCUACUGUCGCCCUGAUCGACAUCCCUCAAUCUAUCCGCGCGGGGCAGCACCUCGCCUACACGCUUAGAUCAUCUUUGGCUGUGAGAAGCCCCUACCCUAGCACAGAGCCGAAGGGCAUCAAGCGAGAGGCUAUACUGAACACGACGACUGUCGAGGAGCAACUCUACCAUGAAUCUCUGCAAUGCGAGAUUCGUGCUGCAUUGAUCGAGAUCCGGACACAUUUGCAUGGACGAGGCGAGCUUUGGUGCGGUGCACGACGCGCUUUGACCUCGCAUGCUGACACGUCCGUGCCUCCAUCCCCAGCCCAACCGAGCAAUUUGGAAUGGUCUGUGAGCACUGGCCAUUCCUCCACCGCGGUACCCGUGGUUUUAUCGACCACAGAACGCCGCACCAAGUUUCACUCGCUUGAGGAUCUUCAGGGUACCAUUGUCUACAAUAUCGUGUCGCAAACUGCAAUAGUGCAAGUUCGUCAUGUUGGUGACUUCCUUGUUCCUUCAGGAUCUGUCUUCCUUUGGGCAAGUCUUGAACAAGGAUCUCCCGCUUUCCUCUCAGUCCGUCGAGCACUGCCGCCUGAGACCAGGGCUUUCGACCUCAUUUUGAUGGACCCUCCUUGGCCCAAUCGCUCAGUUCGCAACUCUAAUGCUUACAGAACGUCCGAAGCUCAGGCCCGGGAUCCGUUUCUACAAGCAGUGCGCCUUACGGGGGAUUUCCUCGCCCCACAAGGUCUCCUUGCCUUAUGGAUCACUAACAAGUCCUCUGUCCGCGACAAGGUAUUACAAACAUUGCAAGCACUAGAUCUACACCUACACCAAGAAUGGAUAUGGAUCAAGGUCACUGCUCAAGGCGAACCCGUCAGCGCAAUUGACGGAGUUUGGCGGAGGCCGUACGAGAUUCUGCUGUUGUUUCGCAAAGGUCAACCUCCCAAGGGGCCCGAGCGAAAGGUCAUCGCGGCGGUGCCGGACUUGCACUCGCGGAAACCUUGUCUGAAGCUCCUGUUGGAAAAGCAGCUACCUCCAAAGUACAGUGCCCUCGAACUGUUUGCGAGAAACCUGACUGCCGGAUGGUGGUCAUGGGGUGACGAGGUGUUGAAGUUCCAACAUGAGAGUCAAUGGGAUGGUUAUGAGGGAUCCGAAGUAACUUCUUAG